AUGCCGACGACGGUUCCACCGGAACCGAUUGAUUAUUUAAACUGUAAUCGCUGUCCUUCCAGUCGGAGCGAAGCUCUUCCGGAUGGACAAUCAGUACUGAACGUGCAGCUGGUCGUGAAAAAGUACGUGGAACGGGGCAGUGCCGUGGCGCUGUACUGCGAGAACGAUGCGGCACCAAAUAUCCUGUACAAGGUAACGUUCCUGAAGGGAGGCAGCAAAAUAUUCGAAUACAUCAAGGGUCGGAAUCCACCGUACCGGAACUUUUCGAUUCCCGGCGCCGAGAUAGAUUGGAAAAAGGUGACUCCCUCCACGCUGACGUUGAAGAACGUUGACUACGAAGCUUCCGGUUCCUAUUACUGCGAGGUGUCGACCGACACUCCCAUCUACACCAAGGCAUCCAACGACGAACCGCUGCACGUCAUGCUUCCCCAGAAAGGUCCACCGACGAUAGAGUUCGCCAAAAAGCAACUGUACUACGGCGAUAUGCUGGUGGCUAACUGUACCACGUCCCGGGCACGGCCGGCUCCGCACAUCACCUGGCUAAUUAAUGGAAAACAGGUGGAUGACGCACACGUCCGGCAGCUUCAUCACAGCUCCAAGAACAGCCACCGGACGAAGCAACAGCAGACGCUACCGUCCUCGGGCAGUGCUUCCCAGUCGGUGUACCACGGAAAAGUAAUAGUCGGUUCGCCGGCCAGCGCCGGCGCCAGUGGGUCCGCAACCGGAGGCUCUGGGACCGGGAAUAGCCUGAAGGAUCUCAAGCUGAAGGCAAAAGGUGUUGAAGCUAAAGCAUCGCUGGCCGGUAUAAACGGGUUCAACGGUUACGGCCAACCGUCCGGUAAAGCCACGAACGUCGGCUACAAUGGGGGUGGAGGUGGUGGUGGUGGUUUUCAGAUUCAGCCCAACACAGGCUACAACAAUUUCGACGCGGGCUAUAAUUUCGGCAUGAAGACACACCAUCGGGAGCGUGAAAGAAGCGGUGGCAUCGGGGUGUUUACUAUCGGUGGCGAUCGGAUGGGCGACGAAGCGGACGAGGACGAGGAGAGUGAUAAAAAGACUUCCUGGCUUAGAGGCGAUUAUCACACAAACGUGUACUACGACAAUAAGCAACAGCAGCAGCGACAGGAGCAGCACUUUGACAAUUUGUAUCGAAAGCAUCGCAAUUCCUUCGAGCACAAAUACCGACGGCACGUGAACGACGCAAAUGGUGGAGGACUAGAGCAGCGUAAGAUGCACCGAGUGUCUGCCAGCUACAGCCAGCUGUCGAUACGGAUUACCGAAGCACUGACGAAUAAUCUUGGCCGGAUAGAGAUAACCUGUCUGGCGACGAUUCCAGCCCAUGUGGAACCGGGCGAGCAGUACGCAGACUACAAGACGUCACUCAUCAAACUGGACAUCGAGCAGAAUGAUUUGACGUCCCCGGAGCCAUCCACCGGUUCGUUGGCGCACGCCAAAUCGGACGCCGUGCAAACCUCGAACUUCCAGGCCAUCUCGGCGGGACUGUGCCGAAAUCUGCUCGGGAUCCAGUGCGGUCUGGUGGCGCUAGUCUAUCUCUACCAUCGGCGAGCGGCCACUACGUGGUUUUCCCGCCCCUCAUCGACCCGGUCGUAA